AUGUCUGGGUUGAGUAUCAAUUUUGAGAAGUCCAACUUGAUACCGGUGAACUGCAGUCAGGAGUGGGUAAGUCGAAUGUGUCAACUACUAGGAUGCCAGGAGGCAGCACUACCGGUGAGGUAUCUUGGAAUUAGCCUAGGUGCAAACCCACGGCUAGUAAAAACUUGGAAGCCGGUCCUAGAUAAGGUGGAAGAAAAACUAAGCUUGUGGAAAGCGAAGGUUCUUAGUAAGGCUGGAAAGCUGGUGCUCAUUAAGUCAGUGCUCAAUAGCCUACCUAUCUACUACCUGAGCUUGUAUAAGAUGCCAACUGCAGUUGCACGAAGAAUCAUUUUCUUGCAGCGGAGGUUCUUUUGGGGGAAGGAUGAUGGACGACCUGGGAUGGCUCUCGUGAAGUGGGAAGUGGUCCAGGCGCCAAAGAAGCUGGGAGGGUUGGGGGUGGGUGAUGCAGUGGUCCGCAAUACUGCCUUACUAUUUAAAUGGUGGUGGCGAUUCUCAAAGGAGGACUGUCCUCUAUGGAAGAAGAUUGUGUGCUCCUGUAACAGUUUGAACCCGACUCACUUGUUGUCAACUCAGGAGUUACCAAGGAGAGGGGGCCCGUGGAGAGACAUAUGUCAAAUACAAAUAAAGGAGCAACAUGUCAAACAGAAGAUGAUUGAUGGUCUUGCCAUGGAAGUAGGAGAUGGUAGAUCAACCAGAUUAGUUGCAGAUGUACAAGACAGAGUGGUGUGGAAAUUUGGCAAGGAAGGAGUUUAUUCUACUAACUCAUUUGUGCAGGUUUUGCAGGAAGAGACCAUGAAUGAGGAGCUUGUGAGCUAUACUUUCACGAAGGAAAUUUGGAAAGGAUUAGUCCCACCGCGGAUCGAGUUGUUCGUUUGGUGUGGUGUGCAUGGAUAUCGGCAUUUGGACAAGAGUGGACUGCUCCCGGUACUUUGA